AUGAUUAACAAUGAUAAUGAUGGUGGUGGCAGUGUUAUCAGUGAUGGUGGUCAUGAUGACAAUGAUGAUGAUAAUGAUGAUGAUGACGACGAUAAUGAUGAUGAUGACGACGACGACAAUGAUGAUGAUGAUGAUGAUGAUGAUGAUGAUGGUGAUGAUGAUGAUUGGUUACUAUCAGGGUGAAAUUACAGUAAAUGACCUUUUAAAUGCCUCUUAUCUAAUAAAACACCCCCCUCUAUGCUGUUAUUUAAAAAUAACUUUAACACAGUUAUUGCAUUAAACACCCGUCUCUAACAAAUCCGCCCUCUCUGAUUGACACCGCUCUACAAAAUACUAGGAAUUAGCNGAAGCCCCUACAUGAAAUCAUUUGUCUCAAAAGGUAGUUAACAAAACAAAUCCUUUGUUUACAUAUAAGCUUGCAUGGUAAUGUUAAUUUUUCCUAGCUAGAUUUAUAACCUCUUUUGUGACAUAAGAGAACAUUCUGUAAUUGGUUUUCCACUUCUCUUCAGUUGCAUCAAUGUAGAAACCUGCACCAGUUCCAAAGUCGUAGCUGUCAUCUUCUCCUUCAAUACCACAGGAUCCUACAAGUAGUAUGAAAUAAUAACAAUGAAAAUAUAAUAAUCAUCAUUGUUGUAACAACAGACCCAGUAGCAAUGGUAACAGUAAAGUUGCAAGGUAUCAGUAGCAACAGCACUUCUGGCAUUUGCAAUCCCUAUGCCAAUCAUAAUAGUGAUAGCAAUGGCAAUGCUUAAAAAAUGAAAGUGAUAAUCAUGAUAAUUUAUGACAAUGCCGUUUAUGAAAAUGAUUAACAAUGAUAAUGAUGGUGGUGGCAGUGUUAUCAGUGAUGGUGGUCAUGAUGACAAUGAUGAUGAUAAUGAUGAUGAUGACGACGAUAAUGAUGAUGAUGACGACGACGACAAUGAUGAUGAUGAUGAUGAUGAUGAUGAUGAUGGUGAUGAUGAUGAUUGGUUACUAUCAGGGUGA